AUGAGGGGGGGCAGCCAAGCUUGCUGGAAACGCUCACCCCCAUCGUUCCCGUGGAGCCUGGCUUGCACAGGAGCCGUCCCGAUUCCCCUCACCUCCUCUCCAUCCUCUACCUCGCCGCGCUCGCGCUCGCACCUCGCUCCACCUCACUUCCAACCACCGGUCGUUGGCCUCCACCUCGCCUCUGUCCCCGGCGAGGUCGCCUUCACCCCCGGCGGUGGUGUGCUCCCUAGGAGGCGCGACCGAGAGGAGGAGCCCGACCGCUGGUGCUGCCUCCACCACCUCGCACACCGGCACGCCUCCACCACCUCGCACGCCGGCGAAGGAUCUGGCCCACGAGCUCCUCAGGUGGGAUCUGGCGCUUCGUCGCGGGUUGGCCAUGGCGAGGAGGUCGCGGCGGUCAUGGCGGACGGUUCCGGCGACGAAGGCUAA